AUGACUUUGCACGACGUCGAGCUCCCCUGUUUGUCCGAGCUUCACCUCCACCUCGAGUACGCGCACUACUUGAGGCGUGUCCUCGACGCCAUCUGCUCCUCAUCACAGCCCCGUACAAACGACAAUCUGCCUCGUCUCCGACACCUCGUGUUGUAUGCGCCCGGCCUCAACUACGACAACAUAGCGCAAGAAUCGCCUGAACCUGAGGCUGCUGCUGCUGCUGCAGCCCAGUCCCAUGCAGCUCGGGUGCUCUGUCUGUUGGGGCUCGCCCCUAAUCUCGAGACACUGACUCUCACAUCGUGGUUUCUACGCCUUGACACAGCGAUCCUUCCAUCACUACAACUCCGCGCUCUUUGUCUGCUUGGCGUCAAAAUUUCCUCGAAAUGGCUGCUUCGCUUCCUGGAGGCUCUUUAUAAUACACUUCAAUCCAUUUCCUUUACCCACGUCCGCCUGUGCUCGGGAACCUGGCCACGGUCCUGA